ACAAUCAGCUAGCAAAGGUUAUGCAGCGUGUGAACAUGAUCAUGGCAGAAUCACCAGGCCUCAUCACCAUCUGCCUUUUAGGAUAUCUACUCAGUGCUGAAUGUACAGUUUUUCUUGAUCAUGAAAAUGCCAACAAAAUUCUGAAUCGGCCAAAGAGGUAUAAUUCAGGUAAAUUGGAAGAGUUUGUUCGAGGGAACCUUGAGAGAGAAUGUAUGGAAGAAAAGUGUAAUUUUGAAGAAGCACGAGAAGUUUUUGAAAACACUGAAAAAACAACUGAAUUUUGGAAGCAGUAUGUUGAUGGAGAUCAGUGUGAGUCCAAUCCAUGUUUAAAUGGUGGCAGUUGCAAGGAUGGCAUUAAUUCCUAUGAAUGUUGGUGUCCAUUUGGAUUUGAAGGAAAGAACUGUGAAUUAGAUGUAACAUGUAACAUUAAGAAUGGCAGAUGCAAGCAGUUUUGUAAAAAUACUGCUGAUAACAAGGUGGUUUGCUCCUGUACCGAGGGAUAUCGACUUGCAGAAAACCAGAAGUCCUGUGAACCAGCAGUGCCAUUUCCAUGUGGAAGAGUUUCUGUUUCACAAACUUCUAAGUUCACCCGUGCUGAGACUGUUUUUCCUGAUGUGGAAUAUGUAAAUUCUACUGAAGCUGAAACCAUUUUGGAUAACAUCACUCAAAGCACCCAAUCAUUUAAUGACUUCACUCGGGUUGUUGGUGGAGAAGAUGCCAAACCAGGUCAAUUCCCUUGGCAGGUCGUUUUGAAUGGUAAAGUUGAUGCAUUCUGUGGAGGCUCUAUCGUUAAUGAAAAAUGGGUUGUAACUGCUGCCCACUGUGUUGAAAUGGGUGCUAAAAUUACAGUUGUCGCAGGUGAACAUAACAUUGAGGAGACAGAACAUACAGAGCAAAAGCGAAAUGUGAUUCGAAUUAUUCCUCAUCACAACUACAAUGCAACUAUUAAUAAGUACAACCAUGACAUUGCUCUUCUGGAACUGGAUGAACCCUUAGUGCUAAACAGCUAUGUUACACCUAUUUGCAUUGCUGACAAGGAAUACACGAACAUCUUCCUCAAAUUUGGAUCUGGCUAUGUGAGUGGCUGGGGAAGAGUCUUCAACAAAGGAAGAUCAGCUUCAAUUCUUCAGUACCUUAGAGUUCCACUUGUUGACCGAGCCACAUGUCUUCGAUCUACAAAGUUCACCAUCUAUAACAACAUGUUCUGUGCUGGCUUCCAUGAAGGAGGUAGAGAUUCAUGUCAAGGAGAUAGCGGGGGACCCCAUGUUACUGAAGUGGAAGGGACCAGUUUCUUAACUGGAAUUAUUAGCUGGGGUGAAGAGUGUGCAAUGAAAGGCAAAUAUGGAAUAUAUACCAAGGUAUCCCGGUAUGUCAACUGGAUUAAGGAAAAAACAAAGCUCACUUAAUGAAAGAUGGAUUUCCGAGGUUAAUUGAUUGGCACUGAAAAUUAACAGGGCCUCUCACUAAUCACUUUCCCAUCUCAUUAUAUUUGAAUAUAUACAUUCUAUGAUUAUUGCUUUUUCUCUUUACAGGGAGAAUUUCAUGUUUUACCUGAGCAAAUUGAUUAGAAAAUGGAAUCACUAGAGGAAUAUAAUGUGCUAGGAAAUUAUAGCCAUUUCUAAGGGCCCAGCCCUUGACAAAAUUGUGAAGUGAAAUUCACCACUCUGUCCAUCAGAUACUAUGGUUCUCCUCUAUGGCAACUAACUCAUCUGAUUUUCCCUCCUUAGCAGCAUUCCAUCUUCCCGAUCUUCUUUGCUUCUCCAACCAAAACAUCAAUGUUUAUUAGUUCUGUAUACAGUACAGGAUCUUUGGUCUACUCUAUCACAAGACCAGUACCACACUCAUGAAGAAAGAACACAGGAGUAGCUGAGAGGCUAAAACUCAUCAAAAACACUACUCCUUUUCCUCUAUCCUAUUCCUGAAUCUUUUACCUUUUCCAAAUCCCAAUCCCCAAAUCAGUUUUUAUCUUUCUUACUCCCUCUCUCCCUUUUACUCUCCACAGUCAUUAAAGGAGAGAUGGGGAGCAUCAUUCUGUUAUACAUCUGUACACAGUUAUACAUGUCUAUCAAACCCAGACUUGCUUUCAUAGUGGAGACUUGCUUUUCAGAACAUAGGGAUGAAGCAAUGUGCCUGAAAAUUUUGGGGGAAAAAUUUCUUUCAGAGAGUUAUUUUAUAUAUAUAUAUAUAU